AUGGCGUCACCACGAAGCUCCAGGGGUAAAGUAAAACAACGUUCAACUGUAACUCCUACUCGCUCAUCACCUCGAAUCAUAAGAAAAGCAACAUCCUAUCCAAAUGCAGUUAACAGACACUUUGUGGACAGUGUUCCCAUUUUAGAGGUGACACUUCGAUUUGACGAGGACGAAUAUGAUGUUUGGCGCCGUCAAGACACAGAUGAAGUGAACCUUUAUUACAUGCUACGCAUUAAGUAUCCUCGCGACGAGGACGAACAAGCCUGGCAACAGGAACUGGAAAAAUUGAAAAAAGAGGUAACCCAAGUAAGAGUUGUCGAAGAAGGAUGGUUCGAAGGUGUAUGGGUUCCUCUUGAAAAAGCAAAGGAUAUUGCCCGUAAAUAUAAAAUAUAUGAUCAUGUCGCAGCAUUACUCGAAUCUGAGAAUAGCUGGUUUGAUACACCAAAAUCCAAGCAUGCACGUGUUAAGAGCGAAAGAAGCUCCAGCAUAUCUGAACAUCCUAGCAAUGCUACUAAUGGCAUCACGAUUAAUGGUUCCAGCAAAGAGAUCCCAUUGACAAAUGGUAAUAAUAAAACAGAGAUCAGGAGUGAUCGUCAAAGAACUAGAUCAAUUAGAGGUGACAACAACAAAGAAAUCAACAAUCGAGAAAUCACCAUCAAAGACACGAGAGAAACUAAAGAUUUUAAAGAAUCCAGAGAUCUUCCCACACGACUCAAAGAAGUGGAAGGAGAACGCGAUCAUUAUAUGGAAGAAGUAAAGAAUCUAAAGAGGAAAUUAACCGAGACAGAGAGUUAUGUUAAUACUUAUAGCGGUAGCGGUAGUAGCAAAAAGCGAGCUGUUUUUGCUGUGAUUGGAGCCGCCGCUGGGGCCGGUAUGACUGCAUAUGUAUUGAAUAAUAUGGGAUAG